UUUAUGGAUUCAGCAGUCCUGAAGAGCAUACAGGAGGUGACCUGCCCCAUCUGCCUGGAGCUCCUGAAGGAACCUGUGAGCGCAGACUGUGGCCACAGCUUCUGCCAGGCUUGUAUCACAUUGAACUAUGAGUCCACCAAAGACCAAGAGGGGAAGGGCAGCUGCCCUGUGUGCCGAGUCAGUUACCAGUUUGAGGAUCUGAGGCCUAUUCGGCAUGUGGCCAACAUUGUGGAGACUCUCAAGGCGGUCAUGCUGAGUCCAGAGGAGAAGCAGACAGUCUACCACUACUGUGCACGCCAUGGAGAGAAACUCAAGCUCUUCUGUGAGAAGGACAGGAAGGUCAUUUGCUGGCUUUGUGAGCGAUCUCAGGAGCACCGUGGUCACCAAACGUUUUUCAUUGAAGAGGUGGUCCAGGAGUACAAGAACCAAAUACAGAGCAACAUACAGAAUGUUCAGGAGGAGUUUCAAUGGCUGAGAGACAUGCUGGACUCUGAGGAAAAGAAUGAGCUGCAAAAGCUGAAUCAAAAGAAAGAUGUUUUCAACAGCCCGGCAGAGUCUGAAGGUGAGCAGGUGCAGCAGAUGAAGUUGAUGGAGGAUCUCAUUUCAGACCUGGAACAUCUGCUACAGGGCUCAACCAUGGAGAUGCUGCAGGAUGUGAGUCAUGUCCUAGAAAGUUAUGUGUGGGAUGUCGAGCUAGGAUGGUUCUUGUUUAUUCCAGUGAAGCUAACUCAAAGCUUCAAUCCACACAUUGCCAUUUCUGAAGACCAGAGACAAAUAAAAUUUGAACAUGAUUGGAGAUUCUCACUACAGGAUCCGGGCUAUGAUGAGGGUAUACUGGGACACCCAGUUAUCCAAUCUGGGAAACAUUAUUGGGAGGUGGACGUGUCUAGAAAAGGUGCCUGGCUCCUGGGGAUAAAUGAUGGAAGAUGUACCAAACCCACAUUCUGUUCAGAGGAUGAAAUAGGCUACAAACUCAAAAAAUGUUCUGAUGAUACACAUGUUCCAAGUUAUCAGCCCAAAUGUGGCUACUGGAUUAUAGGACUGAAUAGUGAGUCCUCAUACAAUGCUUUUGAUGAGAGUCCAGUCACCUAUGAUUCCAAACUCUUCAGCCUCUUUCUGACCAAUCCUCCCUGUUGUGUUGGAGUUUUCCUAGACUAUGAGGCUCACACUCUCUCAUUUUAUGAUGUUUCCAACAUCGGGGUUCUCAUCUACAGAGUCUCUGCACGUUCCUUUCCCAAGAGAGUUUUUCCAUAUUUUAAACCUAUGUCAAUUGCCGAGCCAAUGGCAGUGUGCUGGCCCAACUUCUAA